AUGAUGCAUCGAGAGAUGAUGCCUUCACCACAGCCGCACUGCGAAACCUUUAUUCAACGUCGCCUAGCACGCAACCCAGACCUAGCUUACAAGUUGCACCAGAUGGCGCUUCCAUUAUCUCCUCUUGUCCAACUCACCACCGGUGCUAUCCACCCCGAUUUCCCUCAAACGGUCCUUCAAUUUUGGCUCUUAACGGACGCGCAAUUGGAAAGUCUAGCUCAUUUCUACCACCAGAAAUCGCCCUCGCUCUGGACCUCUCAGUAUCCUUGUCCCGUUGUCUGGCUCUCCGACGUAUCUCUGGAGGAGAAGCGCCGUAGGAUGGGCAAGUUCAUCGGCCUUAGAGGCUGCGAUUCACCAUCGUGGCUCAAGUCAGAGGACGAGAUUGCUGCCGAGGCACGAUUAGCCAGUAUAGUUGCCCAACAAGAAGAGACUUGGAGAAAAAAGGUUCAUCCUUGGUAA